AUGUCUGAAAAUGAAGAAAAUUUCCCCGAAGAUUCAGUGGACUCUCAUCCAGUCAAUUCAGAAAUGCUAACAAAGCAACUUCAUAACUUGACUCUGAAUCCUUGUGCUAAACGCCCUUCCCCUCUGCCAGAAGGUCCACCCCAACCACAGGACAGAAGUGAGAGGAUCUUACGGGAGGUCAGAAGAGGCUUUCCCUACAGGCGUCGAGGAGUCCGAACAUUGUUAUCUGCACGGAAAGAACGUGUGGCAAAAUGGAGAUAUCUCCUAAGUGUAAGAUUUUCCCAGCUUGAAAGAGAGCAACAAAGAACCAACAAUCUUAAGGGAGUUCAGAGUGAAUCACGAAGUGUACCAUUCAAAUGUACCUGCAGUUAUUGCGUAUAUCAUGGAUGGGAUCCUUCUGAGAAUGCUAGAAUAGGGUAUGAUUAUGACACAGAGUCAAUAUAGGAAGAAGUUGUAUCUUGUUCAUGAUGCUAAUUUUAGGCAAGCUUUUCUAUGCUUAGAUUGCAUACCAAUGAUUUUUGAAUAGUUUAUGUAUGAGUUCUGUGAUGUCUUUAUUCUUUUCCAUCUACUUCUUUUAUUUGGGGGCGGGGUGUUGAGGACCUAUUCAUGCCUAAUGCCAGUAAUUUAUAAGGAAUCCAUGCUGUUAAAAUGUACAUAAAUGAUUUCAAUAUGCUUUAGUUUUACUUUUCUGUUCGAUCCAAAGAAGUACCAAUAGGUCUCAAGUCUUUCCGUGGAUUUUAUAGGCCUGAAAUCUGUGAAAUAAACUCAGGAAUUGUAAGAGAUAUAAAGAGAAUAUUGGAUAGUUUGAUUGGAGUGUAAUAAUUAGAGUAGAUAAUUAGGUUUUCUGA